UCGGCCUCCAGGCGGAGGGUGUUCAUUUUCUGUAUAUUCCCAAAAAAGAAAACAAAAGCAGCAGAAACAAGCCUCGCUCCGCGCUCCGCCGCCUCCGUUUCCCCCUUUCCUUUCCCACCCCUCCUUCGUUUGCUGCAGAGGUUCAAUUGCUAUAGGAGGGGUUUGGGUGGAAAGGGGGCGAACGAAGCUCUGGGACCACCCCUCCGGAUGCUACCCCGCGGUAACUAGACAGGGAAUACGGACCUCCUUGAUUCUAUCCAUGUUGACGGUUGUUGUUUGUUAAGGGUAGGCGAGUCUUAAGUGGAGAGGGGCAGGUAAACAAAAGGUAUGGUCGGUCAACGAGAUAGACGAACAAAACGAGGUGGUAGUUGGUUGAGUAUAGAGGGAUGUCAGAGAACUGCCGGGCAGAGACAAGAGAUAAGGAGACAAGACAAGACAAGUGAGGGAUGUUUCUGCUUAUUAUUGUUGGUUGGUCUAGCAAGUUGCCUGUCUGUCGUUAGUUGGUUAGUUUGUAGCGGGGAGGGAAAGCAAGUGAAACCCGGCGGGUUUGCUGUUUGGGUGGAUUAGCGACUUGUGGUUGACGAGGAAGACAAUAAUUCAUCAACUAUGUAUCAGCCUUCUUGCAUCAACUCUUCAACUCGAAUUAAUUAAGAAAACAAAUAAAAAGGAAUUACUCCCUUGCAUCUGGCGGGAGACUCCGCCAGUGUAAAAUUAAACCCAUCAUUCACCUCAAAAUGUUGGCCGCAAGAGAUCAAGAGAACCUUGUCCAUGCCCAUCGGACGGCUGCUGCUGCAAAGCCCCUGAACCAGAGUACCAGACAACUACAGCCAAAGACUCCCGGAAAUAGAGCACCAAACACACCUUUUAAACUACCACUAAAUGACGAAAAUAACCCUCUGGCAUUUGGAGGAGGGAGGAAGACAGGAAAGGUGAAUAAUGGACAGAAUGAGAACCUCCCAAGGCCGGGGAAGGAUACGAUUGCUGGUGGGAAUGCACUCGUUACGCCGAUGGCCCCGCGAAGUCGUGCUCCCUUGGGGAUGAAAACGACAAAUGCAAAGGCGAACUCCUUUCAAACCCCAGCGCCACCAUUGGGUACAUCUAAGCCAGCCAAGACAGUAAAGCGGCCUUCAACAACUCGAAAACUGAAGCAUAGUGCUCCUGAAAUCCAGCCAAGCCAGCCUAGGGCAGUUACUGUAGAAAACACGCAGGAGGAUGUUCCAGAUAUUGAAUAUAUGCCCCCUAAACCAACACCAUUACCGGACCCCCCUGAAGACAUCCCUUACAACGAGGACUUCCCACAAUUCAAAGGCAAGAACUUCACGCGCGGGUGGCAUAAAUUAUUCGCCGACGAAGAAGUCGGGGAAGAUGGAUUGACCCGCAAGGAGCGAGAAAGGAAAGCAGAACAGGAAGCAUACGAUAAGCGGAUGGAUGCCCUGAUCCAGGAGCAAGUCGACAACAUGGAGCUUCUGGGGAUCAAUGUCCGCCAGUUCCCCGAUGAACCAUGUGCUGAAGAGAUGGCUGCGGAGAUCAUGAGGAAGCGGGUGAUGAGACAACAGCCGGCUAAAAGGGUCAUUGUGGACCGGUCCAUCUCUACGGUCAAGUCGCGCACUGCUGCGAGGAUGCUCUCUCAGCAACCACAAUCUACUGUUGCUCCCCCUAUGCCAAAGCAUAAGCCUAAACCCAAACCUAAGAUCAGGUUCUCGUCGGGCUUCGCCCGGCCUACGAAACAGCAACAGGAGCAAAAACAGCAAAAGCAACAAAGGCAGCAAAAACAACAGCCGACUCCGUCCAACCCGUCAACUAUGCGCCAUGCGGCUGCCACGGCCAGUUCACGGACCACAGUUGGAUAUUCCAGGGGGCGACGGGUAUCAUCUAGUUUAUGGCAGAAGACUGCUGGCACGACUACUAGUAGACAGAAUACUACCGCUAGGCAGGCGACCUCGAGCUCGAAGAACCCGGCAGAUAUCCUCUCCCCAGCCAAAUAUAUGGAGGUCUACGGCAGCCCGCCGUUUGGGAGCGAGAUGUGGUCGCGGUGCAAGGCUGCGGGGUUAUUUGAUUCUGCGCCUGAAUAUGAGCAGGAGGAGCAGGAGGAGAAGGAGGAGAUCGCGCUGUUCCGCGUGGAGGAUGAUGAGGCAGCGGAUUUCCAGCUUACGUUGUGACGUGAUUUUAUCUUAACGAUUCCGGUUUACCCUUGCUCUAUCUUUUCUCUUUUUUAUUUACUAAAGGCAUGUGAAUUGGGGGGCAAUUGGGUGUGGGGGCAUUCUGUUUUGUUUGAAUCUUUAAAGGCGUCGUCAGAGGACUCUUGGCGUUUCCUACUUUCUUUCUUGUGGUUGAUCGUGCUGCUCAGGUAUUACAGAUUUGAACCUGCGUUAUUGUAUAACAAAAACCAUUAUAUUACAGCGUGGGAAUAAUAAUAAUAAUAAAAAUAAUACAGGCAUUUUUUAGUCGAAAGAGUCGCGGUGUCAUCUCGCAUCAGAAUUGGCGGGCGAAGAGAGGUUGUUACU